UACUUUUUUUUUCUUGUACGCGGAGACUUAUUUCCGCCCCCUCCCCUACACAUUCCUGACCCCCACCCCCUCGCCUUCCUUCCUCCUCUUCCAAGUUCUGGGAUUUUUCAGCCUUGCUUGGUUUUGGCCAAAAGCACAAAAAAGGCGUUUUCGGAAGCGACUCGGCCGUGCACAAGGGCCAUUUGUUUAUUUUGGGACUGGGGCAGGAAAUCUUGCCCGCCUGAGUCACGGCGGCUCCUUCAAGGAAACGUCAGUGCUCGCCCGUCGCGGUCGUCCGCUGCGCGCCCCUCGGUCCGCAGCCAUGGGCGAGAUGCAGGGAGCGCUGGCUCGGGCUCGGCUCGAGUCCCUGCUCCGGCCCCGCCACAAAAAGCGGGCGGAGGCACAGAAAAGGAGCGAGUCCGUCCUGCUGAGCGGACUGGCUUUCAUGAAACAGAGAAGGAUGGGCCUGAACGAUUUUAUUCAGAAGAUUGCCAGCAACACCUAUGCAUGCAAACACGCCGAAGUUCAGUCCAUUUUGAAAAUGUCCCAACCUCCUCCGGAGCCUGAGCUUAUGAACGCCAACCCCUCUCCUCCACCAAGUCCCUCUCAACAAAUCAACCUGGGUCCGUCCUCCAAUCCUCACGCCAAACCCUCCGACUUUCACUUCUUGAAAGUGAUCGGAAAGGGCAGUUUUGGAAAGGUUCUUCUGGCAAGGCACAAGGCAGAAGAAGCAUUUUAUGCCGUCAAAGUCUUACAGAAGAAAGCCAUCCUGAAGAAGAAGGAGGAGAAGCAUAUUAUGUCGGAGCGUAAUGUUCUGUUGAAGAAUGUGAAGCACCCUUUCCUGGUGGGGCUUCACUUCUCUUUCCAGACUGCUGACAAACUCUACUUUGUCCUAGACUACAUUAAUGGUGGAGAGCUGUUCUACCAUCUCCAGAGGGAGCGCUGCUUCCUGGAACCGCGGGCUCGCUUCUACGCAGCUGAAAUAGCCAGUGCCUUAGGUUAUCUGCACUCCCUACACAUUGUUUAUAGAGACUUAAAACCAGAGAAUAUUCUCCUAGACUCACAGGGACACAUUGUCCUCACUGACUUUGGGCUCUGCAAGGAGAACAUUGAGCACAACGGGACGACGUCCACCUUCUGCGGCACGCCCGAGUAUCUCGCUCCGGAGGUUCUCCAUAAGCAGCCGUAUGACAGGACAGUGGACUGGUGGUGCCUCGGGGCUGUCUUGUAUGAGAUGCUUUAUGGCCUGCCGCCGUUCUAUAGCCGGAACACCGCAGAGAUGUAUGACAAUAUUCUGAACAAGCCUCUCCAGUUGAAACCAAAUAUUACAAACUCAGCAAGGCACCUCCUGGAGAGCCUCCUGCAGAAGGACCGGACCAAGAGGCUGGGUGCCAAGGAUGACUUUAUGGAGAUUAAGAGUCAUAUUUUCUUCUCUUUAAUUAACUGGGAUGAUCUCAUUAAUAAGAAGAUUACACCCCCGUUUAACCCAAAUGUGAGUGGGCCCAGUGACCUUCGGCACUUUGAUCCUGAGUUUACUGAGGAGCCCGUCCCCAGCUCCAUCGGCAGGUCCCCUGACAGCAUCCUUGUCACGGCCAGUGUGAAGGAAGCCGCAGAAGCCUUCCUUGGCUUCUCUUAUGCACCUCCCAUGGACUCCUUCCUCUGAAGGCUCCCAGGAUGGUUCUGAAGGAUUUCCUCCGAGUUUUCUAAAGUUAGCCUUUGGUGGAGUUGCCAGCUGACAGAAUAUUUUAAAAGAGAAUUUGCACACCUGGAAGCUUGGCAGCCCCGCCCACCCGGCACACGCAGCUUGAGGGAGCCAGAAGCUUUCUGUAGCACACCCUCCUCAGUGAGCUUGUGGGGUCUUCAUUUCUUCCUUCCAACGUGGUGCUAGCUCUAAAGAGCGAGAGAGUGCCGCCAGAGACAGACACCUUGGUCUCAGGAGGAAGAUGCAGGUCUAAGAGGAAUCCCCCACAAGUCUGAGCUGUGAUCAAGAAUAUUCUGCAAUGUGCCUUUUCUGAGAUCGUGUUAGCUCCAAAGCUUUUCCUAUCGCAGAGUGUUCCAGUUUGUUUGUUUGUUUGUUUUUGUUUUUUUUCCCCCUUGCGGAUUUCCCGUGUUUGCAGUAGGGUGAGUGUGCUAUGCCUGAUCACAGAUGGUUUUGUUGUAAGCAUCAAUGUGACACUUGCAGGGCACUACAAUGUGGGACAUUGUUUGUUUCUUCCACAUUUGGAAGAUUUAUGUGUAAACUGUUUUGUAAGAUAUAGUUAAUAACUAAAACCUAUUGAAACGGUCUUGCAAUGACAAGCAUCCAGAUGCUUAAGGAAAGCAUUGCUGCUACAAAUAUUUCUAUUUUUAGAAAGGGUUUUUAUGGACCAAUGCCCCAGUUGUCAGUCAAAGCCGUUGGUGUUUUCAUUGUUUAAAAUGUCAGCUGUAAGAUGGGCAUUAUUUAUGUUUUUUUUUUUCCCGUGUUCAUUUUCUUUUGCAUUCCUGAUUGUUGUAUGUAUCUUGUAAAGAUUAAAGUCUGUACAUUGGGUUAUAACACUAGAUAUUUAAACUUACAGGCUUAUUUGUAAACCAUCAUUUUAAUGUACUGUAAUUAACAUGGUUAUAAUGUGUACAACUCCUCCUUACCACACAACUUUUUUUGUGUGUGAUAAAACCAAUUUUGGUUUGCAAUAAAAUCUUGAAAACUAUUUGCAUAAA